UAGCUACAUGAUAUCAUGCACAAUUGUAAAGGUGUUCAUUCUUUUUUCAUAAUGAUGUACAGUACUAUACAUCUUUUCACAUGCACCUUACCACAGAGGAAAAUCAGAGGUGAAGAAAAGGCCAAGAAAAGACUUCAUCUUGAACGAACUGUUACUCACUAAGUUAAACUGAUCUAAUAAUUAGGUGUGCAUUGUAAGGCCUGUCUGAACUGUUCUUAGAUAUUACACAUCAAGUGACCUCAGGAAUAAUUUGUGUUAGUGCUCAGAUGGAUGGUGCUUAUGAUGACUCUUUUUAGUACUCCUUUUAUUUUUCUGUUGAAAGAAGGUGGAAUUAUGACAACUCAAUGCUUAUCACAGGUAUCACUUUAGGGGUGUGCAUGUGAGCCUUCACACUUUAAAAAGCAGUCUCACCCUGUCAAACCUCAGUAAACCUCAACACUUGUCACCACCAACUUCACAAGAUCAUAGACAAGAAACGAAGACAGAAGCAGAAUGAGUGCCACAGUGCUGCAGACCACAGGUUUUGUAUCAGGCACCAUUGGUACAGUUGGAGUUCUUGCUGCCACAGUUAUGGAUGUCUGGUGCACUGACUACCAGGAGGAGAACAAGGCAACUUCAAUCCACCAUCAUAAGGGCCUGUGGAAGGACUGUGAGGUGUCCCAGUCUGGACUCACUGAGUGCCAGCCUCUCUACAGCUACCCGAGCUACUCAAGAAUCCUUCAGGCUAUAAGAGCUCUGAUGAUAGUAGCAAUUUUAGUAGGUGUGAUCGCAGUGUUCAUUGGAUUCUUCUGUCUAAAGUGCCUCAAUAUGAGAUAUAUGGAUCUACUGACCAAGGCCAAACUGAUGCUAAGCGCAGGGAUUUUGUUUAUCAUUGCUGGCAUUUUUGAUAUUUCUGGAUCAUCGGUGUAUGCUGAUCAAAUAGUGCCCAGUUUCAUGAUGACCCAAUACAAUCAAAAGCAAGGAGAGAAGGGAGAAAUACAAUUUGGGAAUGACAUGGGCAUGGGAGGAAUUAAUUCAUUUGCUUCCAGUUACACAUUUGGUCCUGCUCUCUAUGUAGCCUGGGUAGGUGGAGCUUUGUUAAUUUUGGGAGGAAUUUUGAAAUGCAUCGCAUUCAAAACAAUGGAAACGGUCACAUAUUUACAACGCCGCAGCCCAGCGCAGUGGGGCAGAUGAAGAGUGUCACCUCCAGAGAAUGAGAGGAGAACAACAACAAAUUUAAUGAAAGAAAAAAAAUUCUCUCUGUCAGUUAUGGCAGAUGUAAUGCCUUGCAUUGACGAACUGAAGUAAUCUUUUUGGAUUCUGAAGAUAUUUUGAUAAUUGCAGUUAAAAAGUGUUAAGUGAUUUGUUAUGUCUCUAUUGAAAAGUCUUGUUUUGCAUAUUGGUAAA